AUGGCUGCCGCGCGCCGUCGGUGGGCGGAUAUGAUCGACACAGAAGACGAGACCGAAGGUGCAGAGGACGACAGUCAGUUGCGAAAAGACGUCGCGGCCUUCGUGGACGAGUUCAUGGGCCCGAGCGCCGGCUCGCGGCUCUUGACCUUGGCCCUACUGCAGGCAGACCUGCAGCGCCGCUGCGUGGGAUGGACGUUCCCAUGCCGGGGGUGGCGCUGGUGCGUCUACGAGGCGCCGCUGACCUUGCUGGCGGAGAUUUCUGUCUUUGUGAGCUUGGUGGGGCAAACUCUUCCGAGCGAGCGCGCGUGCAAUCGGCGUUUUCGCAAGAUGCUUUCCCGCUGGCAAAGCCGGCUGCGUCUAGCUGCCUUGGACUGUCAACACGACAGUCCGGCGCUGGGGCUCGCGACAGUGGACUUAGAUGGAGACUGCCUUUUUCAUGCCUUGGCCGUGGGCGCGAAGGUCGUGGACGAGCCCUCCAACUUCCAAGAUGAGUGGCUGACGGAGGCCGAGCGACUGCGUCGGCGCCUGUGGGGCGGCGCAGCCUCUUGCGUGGCCUUUUCCUUGAUGCGUGGAAUGCGAGUGAUCUCUCACUCGAAAAUUCCCAACAGCUCCGCGGUGGAGGUUGUGGAUCUCAGUCAUCGACUGGUGGACCCGGGCGCCCCGAAAGUCCAUAUCCUCUACAACGGCUCCACUCACUACGACGCCCUUGUUCGAUUGGAAUCGACGCUGGGGUGGGAGCCGGCGUGGCCGCAGACCGGGCGCCCGAGGUACUUCAAAGAGACGACCGCGGCGCGGCCUGUCGCUGCAAACGGCCCGUCGCCUCGAGAGAUCCAAGAGCAGAACCUCAUAGGGGACUCGCUGUUCGGCGUCGAGACUGGCGACUCCUUGCGGGAGCGCGUGAUUGAUGUGGCAGGAGCUCAAGAAGAAGACGGGGAAGCAGAUUCUAGCGAAGCGGGAGAGCUGACAGAGGAAGACGGCGAAGAGGCAGACGAGACAGAAGAGGCAGAGGAAGCUGGCGCCCUCAGACGGCGGAGGUAUCGCCAGAAAACGACCCCGCCGCCGGAGUUGCGCGAGGACGUGAUGGAAGAAGUGGUCAAAGCCAAAGUGGCCCCGGCGGAGCAAACUGCUCACCCGCUGCGGCAUUUGGAGGAGAUCGUCAAGCUGAUCGCGGAGACCAAGAUCAGAGCAGACCCGACCCUCCCCCCCGGCCGCGCCUCGGCCGUCGAACUAGAUGCCGGGGCGGUCUGGCCCCGCGCUUUCUGCGCGUUCGUGGAUUGCGACUGGGCGGUCGCCGAAGGCACCGAGGCGGACCUCCAACUUCACCUCGCGGAAGCCCACAGCUGCGACCUAAUGGCGGGCGCGCGGCUGCUCCUGCGACCUGGGGAUCCGAGCCAGCUGAUGUCGAUUUACAACGAGGCCCUCGCCCGGCGCUGCCGGCAAGGCGCGCCCCUGGCAGGCUGUUCUUUAGACAGGACGGCCUUGCGGUCCUUUGCCGCGGCCGUGGAAGGGGACAAGGUCGAGGCGCUGAUCUGCGUGUCCUGCGCCUGCAUCUACAGCCGCGUGGCCGAGCUUGAGGAGCAGAAUGAAAUUCAAUGGCGCCGGAUUCUAAGCCGCUGCGGCGGGGAGGAGGAGGGCGAGUGGCGGCUCUUCGGCCAGCCAGCGCCUCGCGUGGUCGAGAUCCUCGGCCUGAACGCCUUUCUCGACAAGUACGACAAGCUACACUCAGAAAGAGCUGCGAGGAUGUCGACCAAUGAAAGCUUUGAGAACUGGAAGUUGAAGUUGCCCGGCCCCGGCGGCGCAGAAAUCCUAUGCUGCCCGGAAGACCGCCGCUGCGGCGCGGAUCCGACCCACGUCGGCGCCGCGGGCGUCCUGUGCGAGGAGUGCGAGACGCCGGUGUGUCGGGCCUGCUUCGAGAGCCUCAAGAAGAAGAAGAUGCCGCCUGUGAGCCUUGCCAAUGAUAUGUGGGUCGGCUACUCCCCUGAGAGAAUCUUCGAAGAAAAGAUGACCGUGCUGGAGCUGAUCUGCGCCUCUCCGUGUGUGACCACCAUGGUCUGCAUGUCCAUGGAGGCUCGUCACAGGCACGCCUCGGCGCCCUUCGACGAGACGGCCCACAUGGCCAGACACCGCUACUUAAAGGGGCGUGGGGGUUAG